AUGUCUCUUCGUUCCUCCUCAUUUGAAGGCUCAGGCAUUGCAAAAGAGCUAAACAUAGAAGCAGUUGCUACGCUCAUAACUGAAAUUCACGAACAAUGGCUCGUCACGCACAUCCCCGACAUCCCCAACAUAACCGAAAAGCUUGCCACCCUACAAAACAAGGCUAUUGAAGCCGCCCGGGUACAAUUCAGCAGCAACUCCCACCCGUUUACGGACUCUUCGCGUUUCUUGAAGGAUGUUUUCCAAGAAGGAACAGGUUCACAAUUCAUAACCAUUUCGACUGGAACAGAGACUAUAACCCCUUCAUCAACAUUGUCAUACCCUUCACGAGUCCUGGCCGACAUCCUUCUUACCAGUUCCAUCUUCAAGGAACGGGCAGCAGCCUUCCAAAAUUGCACAGAAUGUCAUCUUUGGGACAAACUCAGGAAGCAUGCCCGUAUAGAACUUAGCGAGAGGCAUCGAUCUCUCACUGAUCCAGUUUUGACAACCGCGGCAGCGAUUUGCCAAGAGAUCAUCGCCGAAAAUCAAGUCAUUGACGAGGACUUGAAGGAACGUUACGCACUCCAGGGACCGACAACCAAGUAUUCCUCAGGCUCAUCAAGUGAACCAACCGAUAUAUCUGCUUGGGUCGUAUUAGACCAAGAGGUCGCCAUCCCGUCUCAAUGUGUUGCCACAGGCAUCAACUUCCAUGGCACUCUCGACCAUGUCAUGACAAUCGUCAAUGCAGAGGAUGCUUUGGCAUGUAUCAAUGCUGGCCAACGUCUCUCAAUGGAUUCAAGUUAUUUGCCAACCAAUAUGGCGUUGAAUGUCACCGAAGCAAAGGCGAUGGACAGUAUGAACGGCAAAGCGACAAAAGAUCAAGUCCUGAGUGAAGGAGCAGCGGUUUGUGUAUUUACUCGCCGCAAUGCAGUCGUCAAUGCGCUUACAAAUGGACUACAGUGGCGCUUUUAUUUGAUACGAAAAACCCCCCAAUCGCAAUCCGAGACACCAAAAGCUGACGAUAUGACCCCAUCACCAACAAAGAAGCCACGACGUUCAGAUCCACAGUCAGAAACAAAUUCAGCAAAGAAACCAUUCACCUACUCUGAAACCUUCAAUCUCAGCGUCAUAGACAACCUCGAACUUAUCCUCAAACUUCUUGUGCUCGCAACAAUCGGCAAUGCAAAUGAUUUUGUCGAACUCGUCAAGUACUGUCGCAAGUCUUGA